UUGGAGAAAACUAAAGGAAAUAUAAUUAAUAUCUCGAGUAUUGUUGGCAUACAGUCUAGUAAAGAUGUGUCGGCUUAUUGUAUGUCAAAAGCAGCGCUGGAUAUGUUCACCAAAUGUAUGGCCGUUGAAUUGGGUCCAAAACGAAUACGCGUUAAUUCAGUCAAUCCUGGUUCUGUGCGCACAAACAUUAUCAGAAAUGUUCCCUUAAGUGCCGAACAAUUCAAAGUUAUUCGCGAAAAUAUUAGCGGCAAAUAUCCGGUCGGACGGGUCGGUGAGGGACAGGACAUUGCCAACGCUGUUGCCUAUCUGGCCGGUGAUCAUGCUAGUUUUGUGACCGGUACAAUAUUGGUGGCCGAUGGCGGUCACCUUGCUGCUAAUAUUAACUUACAUUAA